UCCCCUCCCCCUCUUUUGCGGUCGGUCGAUCGUGCAACAUCUGCACACCCUUUGAUGCAUUGACGUAAUAACUACUCUCUCUUCGACUUCAUCCACUGCCUGCGCUGCCACAGGGUUGACUCACUGGCAUCAUGGCUAUCCAUGAUGUCGGCCUGCAAGGCCUUCAUCACUUGGCCGGACGUACCAGCAGUGAAGAUGUGCAGGGCACUUCCAACUCGGCCUCAGGCCUCGUCUCGACUUUGGUCCCCUCCUUGAUCGUGGCCGUGGCCAUGGUCGUCGGCUUCAUUAUCUUGCGACGCAGGGAAUUCCGGAUGUACAUGCCUCGAACCUACCUGGGAGUUCUGCGACCCUCGGAACGGACUCCUGCUUCGCCCACCGGCCUGUGGGAUUGGAUCCUGCAGAUGUACCGGCUGCCCGAUGAAUAUGUUUUGCAACACCACUCCAUGGAUGCGUACCUGCUAUUGCGCUUUCUGAAAAUCGUCUCGAUGAUCUGCUUCGUGGGCGCGUUGAUGACCUGGCCCAUCUUGUGGCCGAUCAAUGCCACUGGAGGCGGUGGAAAAAAGCAGAUGGAUAAACUGAGCAUGUCAAACAUCACCUCCGAUAAAUACGCACGCUAUUUUGCUCAUGCGUUUGUCGCAUGGCUGUUUGUCGGGUUCGUCUUCUUCACCAUCACUCGCGAGUGCAUUUUCUACAUCAACCUGCGCCACGCCUAUGCUCUCUCUCCGGCAUACGCCAGCCGUCUCUCAUCCCGUACCGUGCUUUUCACCGCUGUCACGGAAGAUUAUUUGAAUCGCGACAAGAUUCGGCAGAUGUUCGGACCCGAGAAAGUGAAGACUGUGUGGCUCACGACCAACACCAGCGAACUGGACGACAAGGUUGCUGCGCGCGAUGACGCUGCCAUGAAGCUUGAGGCUGCGGAAACGAAGCUCAUCAAGCUAGCCAAUGCCGCGCGGCUCAAGGCCCUGAAGAAGCAAGGAAACACGGAGGAUGGCCAGACUGCAGACGACACUCUUUGCAACGAUUCUGACGAUGAGUCUGGCUCGGUUGCAGCCCGCUGGGUCAGACCCUCUGACCGUCCCACGCACCGUCUCACGAUACUUGUCGGCAAGAAGGUGGAUACGAUCAACUGGGCGAGGUCUGAGAUCGAACGUCUUAGUCCGGAGAUCGAGGAGCUCCAGGCCAGACAUCGGGCUGGUGAUGCAGACCUUGUUUCAUCGGUUUUUGUUGAGUUCCACCACCAGGUCGAUGCCCAGUUGGCUUACCAGUCCGUGGCCCACAAUUCCCCCCUGCGCAUGGCGCCUCGUUACAUCGGCCUGGAACCCACCCAGGUCAUCUGGUCCAACUUGCGUAUCAAGUGGUGGGAGCGGCUCAUUCGCUACUCUGCGACCAUCGCAUUUGUCAUCGCAUUGAUUGUUUUCUGGGCUAUCCCAACUGCCGUUGUCGGUACUAUCUCGAACAUCAACUACAUUGUCGACAAGGUUCCUUUCCUUGGCUUCAUUGAGGACGUUCCAAGCUGGAUUCUGGGUGUCAUCACGUCCCUACUGCCUACUGUCUUGAUGUCCGUGCUCAUGGCGUUGCUGCCCAUUAUCCUCCGAUUGGCGGCAAAACUCGGCGGUGCUCCCACCGCGGCCGCGGUGGAGUUGACUACACAGAACUUCUAUUUUGCGUUCGAAGUGAUCCAGGUCUUCCUGGUUGUCACCCUUGCAUCCUCCGCCUCCAGUGUCGUCACCAAGAUCAUCAACAAGCCCACUUCAGCCGCGUCCCUGCUGGCUCAAAAUAUCCCCACUGCUUCCAACUUCUACAUUUCCUACAUUAUUCUGCAGGGUUUGUCUUUCAGCGCCGGUGCCUUGCUGCAGAUCAGUGGUUUGAUCCUCGGGAAGAUUCUGGGCAAGCUGCUGGAUAGCACGCCGCGGAAGAUGUACACUCGCUGGUCCAGCCUUUCUGGUCUCGGCUGGGGAACCGUGUAUCCCGUUUUCACUCUUCUCGCAGUCAUUGCUAUUGUCUAUUCGUGUAUCGCACCCCUCGUGCUCGGGUUCGCAGCCAUCGGUCUUUAUCUCUUCUAUUUCGCCUACCGGUACAAUAUGCUCUAUGUGACGAAUGCCGAUAUCGACACUCAAGGCAGGGCCUACGUUCAAGCCCUGAAACAUCUGACGGUGGGCUGCUAUCUCCUGAUGGUUUGCCUGAUCGGUCUCUUUGCUAUCGCAACUGCCGCCAACACAAUUGCCCUUGGUCCCUUGAUUCUCCUCAUCAUCCUCCUGAUUGUCUGUAUCCUCUACCACGUAGCCCUCAACAGCGCACUGGAGCCUCUCAUCAAUUACCUACCGAAGAACCUGGAAGCGGAAGAAGAAGCCCUGCUGUCUCGGGAAGAGACCAAGUUGAGUCACUCCGGGGAGGCAUCGGAUGAAGGUCUUGCUGGUGGCUCUGGGGCGCGUGACAGCGGGGUGGCCAAUGUCGAUUCCGCCGAGAAGGGUCUGACUGUGACCGACACCCCCACGGAGAAGCCCAACUUCCUCCUCCGGUAUCUGCGCCCGGACAAGUACGACGGCUACGUGCAGAUGCGGCGCCUGGUCCCCAGCGCCCAGGAGACCGCCACCUAUUCUGCCGAGGUGGAGCGUGAUGCCUACUUCCCUCCUUCCAUCAAGGCACAGCCUCCUCUUCUCUGGAUUCCUCGGGAUGAGCUGGGCGUGAGCCGCCAGGAGAUCAAGCACACUUCCCGUGUGAUCGAGAUCACCGACGAGGAUGCCUGGCUUGAUGAGAAGAACAACAUCCGCUGGGACCAAGACAAGGGUGUUCCUCCUAUCUUUUCGGAGAAGAUCUACUACUAAGAGAUAAUUGCAUAUACC